AUGGCCCAGCAAAGUAUGAAAGUGAGACCUGUGCUCUUAAAGCGGAACAGCCUCGAGUCGGUGGAGCUUGUGAAACAACCCCACCACCGCAGGAGCAAAUCCCAGCAAGUGCGAUUCAAGGAAGAUGGGACCGUGAAGCAUCAAACUAGCCUAGCCGAGGUUGACUUCCAAACUCCUGAAGACCCGACUGAGAUGGGGAAGACGCCAGCAUCCAGGCACCAUCACCCCCCCACCUACUCUCUGUCCUUUCCCCGGGCCCAGAAGGCAGGGGGCUUUCGGAACAUCGCAAUCCAAACCUCCCCCAGUCUCAGGAAGCAUUUCCCAGUUUUCAGAAGGAAGAAACUCACAUCCAGCAAGUCUCUAGUGGAAAUGCCAACUGUCGCCCAAAGUGCCAUCCAGGUCAACGGCAACUUCUCUGAACAGGACAUAGUAUCUCCUGACCUUGCCUACUUACGGCUGGCCCAGCAUCUUGAGGAUGGCCCUCAACGGCUCAAAGUAUCCCACCCAUUCCUCCCUAGGUUGCCCAAGUUGCAAAGCAAUGGGCCUGUUAGCAUAUGCUUGGAAGCUGCGACUUGGAGGGGCUCAGAGAAAGCCACAGCUGCCAUCCAGGUCCCAGAAGAUAUCUAUCACAGUCCUUCCUGGGAAGCUAAGGAGUCCACGCUCAGCCCAGACAGGUUGGCUGAAAUAAGGAACUCAGUGCCCCCUCUGGCUGACGUGUGUCCAGGUGAUAAAAAGAUACUGAGGUCAGAUUUAGAAAGAUUCUCCUCCUGCUUAAAUGCCACCAGUGGUGCCAACAACAUGCCAGGCAUGGGGAAACUCAAACCCAAAUCGCUUUUGCCCAAAGACAACUCUAAUGACAAAGGUCUUGGCCCACUGUCAUCUCAGUUAAAGGAAACAUGCAUUCCCUCACCUCCACGGACUCGCAGUUCCCCUGCGCCAGGGUCCCACAUCCCAACAGCUCAUUCAAUAAGAGCCUCAGACUAUUCUACAUCAAAUGACAGUCACCAGAAUCCGGUGUCACUCAAAAGUAGUAGUGCAUCAACAUCUGCCCCUUUGGGUCAGGAGAUGGCAAGGAACCCCAUUCAGUUGGAUACCCCAGAACUCCAGAACUGUCCUGGAAGCGAGCACCUCUCACCCUCUCUUCCAAAGAGUGAGACCAAAAUUCAGAGCAACAGGGAGAUUAGUGACUUUAAUCAGAUUCACUUGGCACGGGGAGAACUCUGUGACCUCCAAGGCCGGCUGCAAUCUGUGGAAGAAUCUCUGCACUCAAACCAAGAGAAAAUUAAAGUCCUUUUGAAUGUAAUUCAAGACCUGGAGAAAGCUCGAGCUCUCACUGAAGGGCGCAACUUUUAUCGAACUGGCCAAGAUCUCAACAACUGCAGUACCUGCCAGAACACAGCGUGCAUCAUAUACAGUGUAGAGUAUGACUUUCGACAGCAGGAAGGCAGGUUCCAUGAAGUCCUGCAGAGCCUGGAGGAAGUGGAACCAGUUGAGGAGGCACCUUCCCCACCAAAGUCCCCAGCAGAACCCCCGGUCCCUGAGAAGCAAGACUUGCGGCGGAAAACCAAGAAAGUGAAGAAAAAGUGCUUUUGGUGGAUCUGAGCUCUUUAGGGCCACCCCUCAGCCUCCACGUUCUGCUCUCUGUGGUGGGGACCCACUGCUCCCAAGGCCUACGCUGCUCCUUUGCAAAGGCCAUGGCUGGGAGCCCUGGACCUGAAGAAUAAGAGAAUCUGGGCUAGUGCAGUACAGCUGGACACCUGAGUGCCAGCCUCACCUGAGUGUGUGCCCCCGCUUGCCAAGGACUUCAUGGACAUUGCGUGACCACUUGCUGAAUUUCCGGUCACACGUGGCCAGGCUGGUCUAUUAACUCCAAGUUCCCCAUAAGCAAAUUUCCACUUCACUCUCCAGUACCUCUUCAAAGCUAAGCAUUUCCUACUCAUCCAAGGUCCAUCUGCCCAAAGGAAAAAAGAAGUAAUUCCAUGUUGUGCAGAGCAGACAGACAGAGGGGUGAUGAGCAGAUACCUCUCCCCAAUUAGAUAAAUAACCCUGCAGUUCCCUAAGAUGUUGGCACACAUAAGCAUAGCAGAAGUGGGCAGGGCAUAAACAGCAAAAGCACUCUGGUGUUUUGGGGUCAUUUUCAUUUCUCAUGAGCUCUCGAUUCCAAAUCAAGGCCUGUCUUCUCAUGCCACUGUAAGGUCAUCUGAGGAUAUACAGACUUGGUAUGACCAUCUUGCGUGGCUAGAAUUCAGAGAGGGUUUCACAGUAGUAACCCUUCCAGGGCCACCUAACAGCAUCUGUCUCUUCCUGGGGCCCAAGCGUGUCUAGAAGAGGAGUGGGCAAAUCUGGUUGGCGUUUAAAUUUUAUUUCAUAGUUAAUAUAUCUGCAACACUGAAGAUCAUGAGAUUCUACAGCCUGUCAGUGUAUCUUUUCAAUGACUUACAUAAGGCUGAGAAAAACCGCAACACUCCUUUACUAUCCACUCACCCCUGUGCCACUGCUAUAGGUAGGUCCAGACAUACACGAAUCUAUCCAGGGUCCCUCCCCUGUGACAACAGACAUCCUACUGAA